UACACCGCCACCAUGCCGUUCGGUAACACUCACAACAAGUUCAAGCUGAAUUACAAGCCUGAGGAGGAGUACCCCGACCUCAGCAAACAUAACAACCACAUGGCCAAGGUACUGACCCUUGAUCUCUACAAGAAGCUGCGGGACAAGGAGACCCCAUCGGGCUUCACCCUAGACGAUGUCAUCCAGACAGGAGUGGACAACCCAGGUCACCCCUUCAUCAUGACCGUGGGCUGCGUGGCUGGUGAUGAAGAGUCCUACGAAGUUUUCAAGGAACUCUUUGAUCCCAUCAUCUCGGAUCGCCACGGGGGCUACAAACCCACCGACAAGCACAAGACUGACCUCAACCAUGAGAACCUCAAGGGUGGAGACGACCUGGACCCCAACUACGUGCUCAGCAGCCGCGUCCGCACUGGCCGCAGCAUCAAGGGCUACACGUUGCCCCCGCACUGCUCCCGUGGCGAGCGCCGGGCGGUGGAGAAGCUCUCCGUGGAAGCUCUUAACAGCCUGACGGGCGAGUUCAAAGGGAAGUACUACCCUCUGAAGAGCAUGACGGAGAAGGAACAGCAGCAGCUCAUCGAUGACCACUUCCUGUUUGACAAGCCCGUGUCCCCACUGCUGCUGGCCUCAGGCAUGGCCCGCGACUGGCCUGACGCCCGUGGCAUCUGGCACAAUGACAACAAGAGCUUCCUGGUGUGGGUGAACGAGGAGGAUCACCUCCGGGUCAUCUCCAUGGAGAAGGGGGGCAACAUGAAGGAGGUUUUCCGCCGCUUCUGCGUGGGGCUGCAGAAGAUCGAGGAGAUCUUUAAGAAAGCGGGCCACCCCUUCAUGUGGAACCAGCACCUGGGCUACGUGCUCACCUGCCCAUCCAACCUGGGCACUGGGCUGCGUGGAGGCGUGCAUGUGAAGUUGGCGCACCUGAGCAAGCACCCCAAGUUCGAGGAGAUCCUCACCCGCCUGCGCCUGCAGAAGAGGGGUACAGGUGGCGUGGACACAGCUGCCGUGGGCUCAGUAUUUGACGUGUCCAAUGCUGAUCGGCUGGGCUCGUCCGAAGUAGAACAGGUGCAGCUGGUGGUGGAUGGUGUGAAGCUCAUGGUGGAGAUGGAGAAGAAGCUGGAGAAAGGCCAGUCCAUCGACGACAUGAUCCCCGCACAGAAGUAGGCGCCCUGCCCACCUGCCACCGACUGCUGGAACCCAGCCAAUGGGAGGGCCUGGCCCACCAGAGAUGCGCCCCCUCACUCCUUGCCCCGCCCCCUGUCCCGGAGUCCGACCCUGUGAUGGUUGUCUCCUGGGGGCUCUCUCCACCCUUCUCAGAGUUCCAGUUUCAACCAGAGUUCCAACCAAUGGGCUCCAUCCUCUGGAUUCUGGCCAAAUGAAAUAUCUCCCUGGCAGGGUCCUCUUCUUUUCCUAGAGCUCCGCCCCCACCAGGAGCUCUAGUUAAUGGAGAGCUCCCAGCACACCCGGAUCUUGUGCUUUGUCUCCACGCAAAGCAAUAAAUAAAAGCAACGGUGGCUUUA